ACGUGCCUAAUAAUGCCAUAUGGAAGUGAAGAGAGCACGUUGAAUUCCCCACUACUGUAUGCUGCUGUAUGCUCAAUUGCUCUCUCCACUUACAUACAUCAUUAUUAAGCAAGUCUCCAAUGACCAUGAGUAACGUAAGUGGGGACAAAAAGAAUUACUGGGAGACAGCACGGGAAUAGGAGAAGUCGUGCAUUUUGGCAGUUCUGGCAGCGCUGGGCGUAGUGACGCCACAAUCGCCUCGAAUCUCGACGUCUUCCGAAAAUAUUUCUCCAAGUCGUGGAAAGUCGUGCGCUUGUGUCAAUUUAAGUGAUAAAUAAGAAAAUCAGGAAGAUCUGGGUUCUGGUUUCGAACGAGAUGGCAAAUUGGGACGACAACAGAGGCCCGAUACCACCCCGAUGGCUUCACUGUCCACGGAAAGCGAUCAGAUUAAUUCAGAAUAAGUUUCUGGCGUUCAAAACCCCAUUGUCCUCAGCGUUCGACAGCCAGGUACCUGAGGAAUGUCGUUUCACAGUGGAUAUGAUGUUCGCCUCAUUGAAAAGUCAGAAAAUCAAGCUAGGCCUAUGGAUCGAUCUAACCAACACGACGAGAUUCUACGAUAAGAAAAGUUUAGAACAAUACGGAUGUAAAUAUGUAAAGCUGCAGUGCAGGGGUCACGGUGAAACUCCUUCUGAGGAUCAAACGAGAACUUUCAUCAAACUUUGUAAAAAGUUCAUAAUGUAUAAUCCGCUGGAAGUGAUCGGUGUUCAUUGUACACACGGUUUUAAUAGAACUGGAUUUCUUAUAAUUAGUUACUUAGUCGAAACAGAUGGUACCAGUGUAGAUGCUGGUUUGGCAGAAUUUUCCAAUGCAAGACCACCAGGUAUAUACAAAGCAGAUUACCUGCAAGAAUUAUAUAGGAGAUAUGACGAAGUCGAAGACGCUCCUGAUCCUCCACCCAAGCCAGCUUGGUGUUUAGAAUACGAUGACACCAACGUGGAAGACACAGAUGAUGGUCCAAGCACAAACAGUGACAGUCACAAAGAAAUGACAAGUAGAAAAAGAAAACGUGAAGUCAACAACAGGAAUCCAGUGUUCAUGGCUGGUGUACCUGGGGUAGCUGCUAUUUUGGAAGAGAAGAAGUUGAGUGGAAUACAGAGACAGGUCCAAGAUAUUUGUUCUUGGAAAUCAAAUGGAUUCCCUGGUUCUCAGCCAGUUUCCAUGGAUGAGGAUAACAUUAGACUGCUGCAUAUAAAACCAUACAGAGUGUCUUGGAAGGCGGAUGGGACCAGAUACAUGAUGAUGAUACAGGCAGAUGGAGAAAUUUAUUUCAUAGACAGAGAUAACAGCGUGUUUCAAGUCAGUGGAAUGACUUUUCCGCAUGUAAGAGACAUAUCGAGAACCAUCAGAGAUACUCUGUUGGAUGGUGAAAUGGUGAUCGACAAGGCAGACGGGAAAGAGUAUCCGAGAUAUUUAGUUUAUGACGUCGUGAUGUACGACGGCAAGGACGUUAGCAAAUUAUCAUUCCAUCCCGACCGAUCUUGUAUAAUCGAAAAGGAGAUUAUAGGCGGCAGACAUAGGGCAAUGAAAGAAGGAAGACUGAGAAAAGAAACGGAACCAUUCUCGGUCCGAGUGAAACACUUUUGGGACGUAACGCAGGCCGGUGGGUUGUUACGCGAAAAAUUUGCCAAGCAACUUAGCCACGAACCCGAUGGCUUGAUAUUCCAACCCGCCAAGGAACCCUACGUGCCUGGACCUUCUCCAGAAGUGUUGAAAUGGAAACCCUUGUCGCUGAACUCCGUCGAUUUUAGGCUGAAGAUAGUUACCGAGUCCGGCGAAGGGAUCCUCCCGAGAAAAGUUGGCCAUUUGUACGUGGGCGGUGUAAAAGAGCCAUUCAGCAAAAUAAAAAUCAGCAAGCAGAUAAAGAACCUGGACAAUGCGAUUAUAGAAUGUAAAUUCGAGAAUGGCCAAUGGGCCUUCAUGCGCGAAAGAACUGACAAAUCGUUCCCCAAUUCCUACAACACGGCGCAAUCGGUUUGCAAGAGUAUUAUCAAACCCAUUACGACGGAACGACUUUUAGAUUACAUAAACAGACAUAGAUUUAUACAAGAUGAUUGCGACCUCAUGCCACCACCGACGAAGAAAUCUCACUACGAGAAUAGAACAGUUCUGGUAUGGUGCACAAAGGAGUUAACAGUGAAAGAAAAGAGAUCUUUGCGGAUUAACAUUGAAUUCGAUCACGCAACGCUAGUACGUUGGUCUCCCGAUGGAAAAGCUUUCCUCAUACACAAGGCUGUGGCGAAUGUCAUCGAAGUUUACAAGAUUAGCAAAAAAUCAGAUGGCACUAUAGCUUCCGCAACCAAAGCUUUAGAAUUUCCAAAGCGACAUACCGAAGAUGUUGUUGGUAUGGAUAUCGCGAGCACAGGCAAAUACAUCAUCACCUGUAGCAAGGUGAACGAUCUUGUGAUAUGGGAUUUGAAGGGGCAGAUCCUUGCAACCGUGGAACUGCAUCUGGGUUCGACUUACCGCGCACGGAUAUCACCUUGUGGACGUUUCGUCGGCACAUCCGGAUUCACACCGGACGUAAACGUAUGGGAAGUAGCAUUCACUAAAACCGGUGACUUCAAACAAGUGGCGAAAGCUUACGACCUCGCCGGCCACUCGUCCGGAAUACUCGAUUUCACCUUUAGCGCCGACAGCAGCUGCAUGGCCACAGUUUCGAAGGACGGAACUUAUCGUUUAUACGAUACGAAAAUUGAAUUCGAGAAGGGCGAGGAUCCCCACUUGCUUCAGACUGGCUCGUGGGAGAACUCGGUGACGGCUAACAUAGCGCUAUCACCUAAUAACGAAGUUUUGGCUAUAGCUCAUGGUUCCUCGUUGAGUUUUUACUCUACGCACACCGGACUGUUGGAUAAUACCAUAGAAGAUAUAUUUCUUGGACCUAUAAUGCGCCUAGCGUUCGACGCCGUUGGAGAAUACAUUCUGGUCGCCGGAGAUAAGCAGAUCAAAGUUUUCCGUAACGUCACCGGUUACCGAGCGGCGAUCGAAUCUGCGAGACGCAAACUCGCUCAGAGGCAAACGUCCGCAACGAAAGAACGCUUAGAGAAACUUAUCAAGGAUAAUACAAAGUUUCUUGAAGCGAUGGGGGAAAAGUGUCCUUUAUAUAAAAUUUAAGAGAAUAUUGUUUAUAUUGUACAACAUAAUUUUUUAAUGUGCUUGAAUAAAGAGAUUCAUACGUG